AUGAGCUUCCUCGAUUCUGUGCUUACGUCCAUCGAGACGGGCAAACCAUCUGCGAUCCCACCGGCAACAUCUCGUCGUCCGGAACCUCCCGUCUCAUCCUCUACAGCCAAGUCUGAAGUUCGCAAACCCAGCACACCAUCCCGUGAUACUUCUUCCGAGAAAAAGAUCGCUACAGCAGGGAUGAAGCGGAAAGCUGAAGAGCAGCUGCAGCGUCCAUCGAAACCGGAUAAUCGAGCACCUGGUAAAUCAGUGCCCACGAAGCCUACAUCCACGAAGCCUGCACCCUCAAGGCCUACCACAUCUACAGCAUCAAAACCUCCCCCGAAUCAAGCUUCAAAUGCAGCCAGAUCUGCGUCAAGCAACAAUACGCCUUCAACCCCGAAGACUGCGCCUGCUUCAUCCAAACCUCCCCCAGGAUCAUUCGCCGAUCUCAUGAUGAAAGCAAAGGCUCUUCAGCAGACUGCGCCGGCGCAAGUAGGAAUGUUCAAACACCAAAACAAGACGGCGCCUAAAGAAAGGCUCAGCAAAAUGGAACGCAAGAAACGAGCGAUGGAAGCACAGGCGAAGGAGAAAGAUCCACGACUGGCAAAAAAAGGCGGUGCCGCCGCUGGAACUUCAGCGGGUGCCAAACUUGGCGAUGGAAAACCGGCGAGAAAACGAGAUCCUGAUGAGCCCACCUACAAAGGCACUGCCAGACCGACGCAGACGCCCGCGACAACUGAAUACCGAGGAACAGCCGGUUUACCACCCAAGCGUGAUCCCGCUGAAAGACAACGAUCUAAAGCCAGCAAACGAUCACGGAUGGACGAUUAUCUUGGUACGGAUGAGGAGGACGAAGGUGAAUAUGCGGACGACUAUGACGACUACUACUCGGACGCAUCAUCUGAUAUGGAAGCUGGUUUCGACAAUGUGGAGUCGGAAGAGCAAGCGGCUCUUAAGGCCGCCAGACGAGAGGAUGAAGAAGAAUGGCAGGCCGAACUCGCAGCCAAACAAGAGAAACUGGAGCGGAAGAAGAAGCUUAUUUCGCUGGCGUCAAGGGCCAGAUGA